CGUUAGAGGAUCUUGAUUUUUCCUGAGAGUCCCGCUCACGGCUAUCUAGGAUAUUCUCGAAGCGCACACAAGAUAAAAGAAAACCCCUACCUGAGUGUCGAUUGAUCUUCUUUCAAAACUGUUUGAGAUACGAAAUACAAAGAUUACGUUGCAGAGAGAAACACUGGCAGUCAUGACUACACAAACUGUUGAAAGGAAAAGAAAGCGACAAGAUGGAACUCAGACCUUGGCAGAGACACUUGCAAAGUGGAAAGACUACCGUGAAGAUUUUGAACCUAGCCAAUAUGGGGCUGGACCUAUCCGUAAGGCUCCUGCAAAGGGUUCAAAGAAGGGUUGCAUGAAGGGAAAAGGAGGGCCUGAUAACUCAAGGUGUAAUUACAGGGGUGUUAGGCAGCGAACUUGGGGAAAAUGGGUUGCUGAAAUUCGGGAGCCAAAUCGCGGUCCGAGGCUGUGGUUGGGCACCUUUCCUACUGCUGUCCAGGCUGCACUAGCUUAUGAUGAAGCUGCGAGGGCAAUGUACGGUCUAUAUGCCCGCCUCAACCUGCCUCACAUUAGUAGCAGUUGCUUGUCUGAUGAUGCAAAGGAUGUAUCCCCGGUUGUGUCGACGUCGUACUCUUCUGUUGCAACUGCUGCUAGUUCAGAUUCUACUACAUCAUCCCACUCUGAGGUUUGUGCAGUCGGGGAAGUGGGACAACAUCCUGUUGGUACUGAGGCAGAUUCUUUGAACACUAUCAAUUUUGAAGCAGAACACGAGUCCAAAUGGGUUAAUAUGACUGAUGUCAGAUCAGGAGGAGAGGAGAAGCCUGGGCCAAAUGCGGCAUAUGGCAUCAUGCAUGAAGUAAGGCCCUGCAUUGAAGAUGGGCCCUGUCAGAGUUGUGACAUUGAAACAAGAAGAAAAGAUGAUCAACUUGAUAUAGCCGACUAUGGUUGGGCUAGUGGAUGUGAGGGCCAGCAGGAUCAGUGGCAGAGUCUGUCCAUGGAAGAGAUGUUUGACAUGGAUGAGUUGCUUGGGAUCCUGGACAACCAUCCUCUUGAUACUAGUGAGUUGGAGUUCCUGGGCUGUGAGCACGCUAAGGUUGAUAAGGCCCCAAAUAUUUCACACCAGCUGCGGAAUCCGGAUCCAAAGAUUCUUGGAAGUUUGGCUCGAGUGAAGCAGGAAGACCAAAACACUGAAGGCUACCUGAAUCUAGACUCGUCAGAUGACUUGUGGAGUUUUUAGGAAUGAGGCACUGAGAUGAUUUCUUUGAUUUCGCAUUCAAAGAGAGACGAUUUCUUUGGCUUGCCUUCGCACUGAAGAUGAAUGGCGAAUGACAGAUGUGAAGGAAGGGCUUGGAAGAUCUAAGAUGUUGUCUGGUUAAUUCUUUAUUCACUGUCUUUGUAUGAAGCUCAAGUGAUGGAAACCAUCGACGCUGCUGCGCUAAUUCUCUAGAGUUUUUUGAAUUGGGGAACUUAAGCAGGAUAAACCUUUUUUUUCUCUUUCAAGAAUAUAGAAAUUUUCAGUACUAGAGAAAAAUUAUCUAUAUUCCGGAAAGCAGUAAUACAAUUGUCUUUUGGGUUCUCGGAGAUCUGUAUAUUAGUAGCUGAAUAAGACAAUGUUUACAUUUAUGUUUGUUAAUAUCUCUGCAAAAUAAAACAAUGUAUACAUUUAUGUCUGUUAAUAGCUAUGCUGAAUAAAACAAUGUUUACAUA